UAUUGAGCGGAAGUCGGACUCGGCGUGUUUUGUGUGGUGUGUGACGUGUACAACAGCCAUCUUCAGAAAAUAUUGAGGAAAAAUAAUUAUUAUUUUGAUAUUUUAAAGAAAUCGAACUCUGACAUCACGGGGAUGUCUGACAAUCGGUCUGUACACCAGUCCAACUACCGUGGAUGGUUGUACAAGUGGACUAAUUACCUACGAGGCUACCAGAAGCGUUGGUUUGUCCUGCAAAAUGGAUUACUGUCAUAUUACAGAAAUCAAGCCGAGAUGGCUCACACAUGUAGAGGCACAAUUAACCUUGCCAAUGCUUACAUUCAUACUGAAGAUGCCAACACAAUAGUUAUUUCCAACAGUGGUACCCAUACAUUUUAUUUGAAAGCCACAUCUGAAGUGGAGCGACAGAAAUGGGUGACAGCCCUGGAGCUCGCCAAAGCUGAUGCUAUCAAGCUCUCAGAUCCUGGGGACAGUGAUGAGGAGGUUGAACCUGAGCCAAAUAAAAAUGAGUUACAAAACAUGGUGAAGACUUUGACUGCCAAACUGGAGGACAUGAACACUUGUAAUGAUCUGAUCGCUAAACAUGGCACCGGUCUCCAGCGAGCCCUCACUGAGGUCGAGUCUAUGGAUAGCCCGAGUGAGGCGGGAAGUAAACUCAAAGUCAUCAACGAACGAGCGACCAUGUUCAGGAUUACCACCAAUGCUAUGAUCAACGCUUGUGGGGAAUACCUAGAUGUGGCUCAGACACAGGUCAAAAGGUUACAGAAGAUUGUAAACUAUGAACACGAACAAAGGAUGAAGCUAGAAGAAAUGGUAGAACAACUUGCCAAAGAGCAGGUUACCUUGGAAACGAAGGCCAAACAAUCAAUGGGACAUGGUCUAGCCAAAAAGGGGCCCCCUGGUUCAGAUGAAGAGGACUUCUUUGAUGCUCUGGAUUACCAGGCGGAGGAGUUUGAGGUGGCUCUUCCACACAAUCAACCAAAACACAGGAGGACAGACAGCAAUAUAAGCUUUGACAGCCAGGCGGACGAACGGAGCAGUGACCUCAGCAGUGAGGCCGAGGAAUCAGAGGGACAGGAAGCCAGAGUGUACUCCCACAAAUCUAAACAGGGAUCCCCCAAACAGGCGACAGCAAGUGUAAAAUCUCAGCUCAAGAGAAAUGCCAACAGUGAUUCCAAGAGGAAUGGGGAGACCCAGCUGGUGGCAGCUAAAGCCCCCCGAGUUCCGAGCGGGGGCCGGGUCAGGAGAGCCGUGAUCCCUCCCAAACCAAACUACAGUCUGAAUCUCUGGAGCAUCAUGAAGAACUGCAUAGGGAAAGAUCUCUCCAAAAUCCCCAUGCCUGUAAAUUUCAGCGAGCCGUUGUCGAUGCUUCAGCGGUUGACGGAAGAGUUUGAGUAUGCAGACUGUCUGGAUCGCGCGGCAGCCUGCGAAGACUCCGCGGAACAAUUAGUCCAUGUCGCCGCAUUCACCAUCUCUGCUUACUCCACCACGAUAAACCGCACCACCAAACCCUUCAACCCCCUCCUGGGUGAAACCUACGAGUGUGACCGCACGGACGACCUGGGCUGGAAAUCAUUUGCUGAACAGGUGAGCCACCACCCCCCUCUGGCCGGGGUAUUCAGUGAGGGCAGAGACUGGGAGCUCUAUCAGGAAGUGGCUAUCUCCAGUAAAUUCAGGGGCAGAUACUUACAAAUCAUACCCCAGGGUAUCGCUCACCUGGUGUUUAAGAAGUCAGGUAACCACUACACCUGGAGAAAGGUGACCACCACCGUCCACAAUAUCAUCGUGGGCAAGCUGUGGGUGGAUAACCACGGGGAGAUGGACAUCAGCAACCACCGCAACGGCGACAAGUGCCACCUCAAGUACUCCGCCUACAGCUACUUCUCUCGGGAGAUUCCACGCAAGGUGACGGGCGUUGUAGCAGACAAAGAAGGAAAUGCUAAGUGGGUUCUAACCGGGACCUGGGACAAGCGGAUGGAGGCAGCCAAAGUGGUCCACAUAGAUGAGUCGAACAAAGGCAAGCCGGUGUUUGAGACCGGAGCACAUGUGUGUAUCUGGGAGAAGAGACCUCUGCCGCCUGGUUCAGAUAGGAUGUACAACUUUACAUCGCUCGCGAUCACACUGAAUGAGCCAGAGGAGGGCGUGGCUCCCACAGACAGCCGGCUACGACCGGACCAGCGGGCCAUGGAGGAGGGGCGAUGGGACGACGCAAACAAACUCAAACAGGAGCUGGAGGAGAAACAGCGGGCCGCCCGCAAAAAACGCGAGGCUGAAAUGGAGGAGGCCAGCAAGAGGGGAGAAACAAUCAAAGGUUACCAGCCGAUCUGGUUUGAGAUGAAGACUGAUCCCGUCACAGGAAGUCCAAUCCACGUCUACAAGGGAAAAUACUGGGAUUGUAAGGAGAAAUCGGAUUGGUCCAGCUGCCCGCCUAUUUUCUUAUAGCUGAUGUGAUACUUUAGGAAUGUUCAAAAUACCAAAAUCUAAUUGUGAUGGCAGACAGGAAAACUGAGAGAAUUGUGAUAACGAAAGAAAAUCCAUUGGUUUAUGAAUUGAGAAUUGAUUUUUAUGUGAAUGAGUGAGUGAGUGAAUGAGCUAGUGAGUGAAUGAGGUAAUGAGUGAAUGUGAAGAAGUGAGGGAGGGAGGGAGAGAGAGAGUAUUUUAUUGAGCACAUUGUUCCAGAAAGCAAUAUGAUGUUGACAUUUUUUUAAGUUAUAGGCUAAAUGACACCUGGUUCCUAUUUAUUCAGUUUGGUGCCAUAGUUUAUGUACUGUGUACAUGUUGACUAAGUAAUGUAACAAAGCUUUCUCUCCAUCGGCCUAUCCUUCUAUGUUUUACAUUCCUUUCUUGCCUUGUUUUUCUUUUUAGAUUCAAAGCAAUUUUUAUUUUAUGAAUUAACCAUGUUAAAAUUUUGGUUUUUGUGUGGAUGAUUUAAAGAGAGAUAAUCCAUAUUGUAACAGAUAAUCCUUUUGUAACAGAGAUAAUCCUUUUUGUAACAGAGAUAAUCCUUUUUGUAACAGAGCACCAGAUAAUGUGUGUAAGUGAUGCAGUCAGAUGGUGUAGCAAAUGUUCAUUAUGCAAUGAAACAUUGUCAAAGGUUGAUUUAGAAAUCUUGUACAGUAUUUAUACACACUCAAUUUAUGUAAUUUUUUUACUGGGGUAGUGAAGUGAGUGACACAAGGGAGAUAAUAAUGACCAAACUGUUGAUUUUGUUAGUUUUUGUAACAAUUAUGCAUGACAAUUUUUUCUCUCAGCAAUACUUGACUUUUCAUGUAGGAGUUGAAUAGAAUAGAUGGUCCCUGAUGAGAUUCCAGACAAGAGCGUGUUUUGCCAAAUAGUAAAGCCAGUUAUUGUUAGUGUUAGUCCUCGGGUAUGGAAUGGAGUGUGGUUUGGAGUAGACAUUUGACAUUUUAUAAUUCUAUGGAUGACUCUUCUUACAUUAGCAUUUUGUUCCCUGUUUUUUUGCUAAUGUAGGUCACAGUUAAUCUUUAUACUAUGUUUUAUUUUUUUAAUGCAGCCUACGUGACUGUAUAAAACACUGACAUUAUCUAUAUCCGACUUUAACUAUAUCAACAUGGUAUCUAAGGCCUCUGGUCUGACUACUUUGGGCAUUCUUUUUUACACUAGCUUUGCAUAUAAUUCUGCCAUGAAGUUGCCAUUUGUUUUCAUUUUUAUUAAAAAAAUCGGAAUAGAACAAACAAUUUAAAUGUCUGUUAACCCUGAUGUUUUUUCCUGAGAACCAGGGCAAUGAACUGUUUGACCAGCUACACAGUUUUGGGGUUGUACCAAUAAUGACCAUUUAUUCCCAUCAAAAUAUCACCAAUUUAUCUAUCAAUGUCUAUCAAUGAUCCCUCAUAUCCACCAUUAACCAGACGCCUUGGUUUGGAUGACGGUGAAGAAUUUGAUUUUUACAUGACGUAGUGUCACGUGACUGCAGUAUCCACGUGUCAGCUUCUGUACUAGUCAGCCCGGCUUGAGCGAAUGUUGUGGAGUCUGAGGCCCUAUGGCGGCUUUGAUACUGGCUGCCAUGUUGGACCUUUUUUAAAAAUGUUUGUUGAAUAAACAAAUAAGUAAUA